AUGAGCAUUGGGAAUGGUCAGUUGGUGAGAUUCUGGACUGAUAUUUGGUUUCCGAAGGGUCGACUGUUAGAGAUUACUGGUGCUCUUGGAACUCAGAAAAUGGGGAUCACGAGAAAUGCAAGAAUCUGUGAUGUGUUGGUUGAUGGGGUCUGGAGGCUAAGGGACGGUCGGGAUCAGCAAAUUGCUGCCCUUGUACAGGAUAUCAAAUCGACUCCCAUAACGUUGAAUCAUGAAGCUGAUGGAGUGAAAUGGAAACUGGAACCUGACUCUUAUGGUGAUCGCUUUAUCUCCGCUGAAGUUUGGCAACAGAUACGAAGUCGCAAGGGCAAAGUGCCAUGGAGUAAGCUGGUUUGGUUUCCACAACGUGUACCCCGUUACACGUUUAUCACGUGGUUAGCUUUCCGUGAUAGGCUCUCUACAGGUCAUCGCACUAGCAAGUGGGGUAGUCCGCAAGGGUGUCUCUAUUGUGGUGAGCCAGAUGAGACUAGAGACCACCUCUUUUUUGCAUGCCCUUAUACCUACACACUGUGGCUCAAGGUAGUAGGGAAUCUGUUUGGGGCUGAGCCUGAUCCGGAUUGGGGCAUCACUAUCUUGCGCCUUCAGACUGGUACCUAUGAUCGGAUAACGCUUAUAUUACUGAGAAUGGUUCUUCAGGUUACCAUCUAUUAUAUUUGGAGGGAGAGAAACGACAGGAGGCACAAUAACACUUCAAAACCGGUGGAUCAGUUAGCUCGUAUAGUCGACAAGGCAAUGCGAAACCGCAUCUCAUCCACUAGAUACUUCUUGAAGCCGAAGUUGAAGGAUCUGCUUUGUAGAUGGUUUGGAGCCCAUUUCACUUAA